AUGGCACCCCAAACGAAACAAGACCGAUCUUUUAGUGCCUUGACACCUGCGCUUUCGGAGUGGAUCAUCGAGGCUGUGGAUGCAAUGGGCUUUGUGAAGACGACGCCAGUUCAACAUGCAGCCAUCCCCAUGUUCAUGAAGAAUUCUGAUGUGGUCGUCGAGGCUGUCACAGGAAGUGGGAAGACUUUGUCAUUUCUCAUACCCAUUGUAGAGCGCUUGUUAAGAUCCGAUGCGCCCAUCAAAAAGCAUCACGUGGGCGCCAUCAUCAUCUCACCAACGAGAGAGUUAGCAACACAAAUUCACACUGUUCUCUGCUCAUUACUCAAAUUCCAUGCACCAUCUGCAGCCAUGCUUGAACCCGAGGAUGAGGACACAGACAUGGAGGAUGCAGAUGCACCACCCAAGCCAUUAUUUCCUCCAGGGACGGUCAAGGUUGUACCACAGCUUCUACUCGGCGGAUCGGUCACGCCUGCACAAGAUCUCAGCAGAUUUCUCAAAUCGCAAACGAAUGUACUCAUUGGCACGCCUGGGCGUUUAUUGGAGCUAUUAUCAUCACCACACGUGCACUGCUCACAGACUUCCUUUGAUGCUUUGGUGCUGGAUGAGGCAGAUCGAUUACUAGAUCUCGGCUUCAAGGAUGACUUACAGAGGAUAUUAUCUCGGCUACCAAAGCAGCGACGCACUGGACUAUUCAGUGCCAGUGUCAGUGAGGCUGUCGACCAGCUGAUCCGUGUAGGUCUCCGAAAUCCAGUUCGUAUUGCCGUCAAGGUCAAAGCACGGUCGACUGGUCAGGACGGCGCUAUAGAAGACAAGAGGACUCCGGCCAGUCUGCAGAUGUCUUACUGCAUACUGCCACCAUCACACAAGCUACCGGCGAUCAAGCAGAUCCUCUCUUCAUUACAACCGCAACCUCAAAAAUCGAUCUUGUAUUUGGCCACAUGCUAUUCGGUCGACUAUUUUCAACACGUUCUACCGGAGAUAUUCAAGGGUUACACUAUCGUACCACUACAUGGAAAGCACCCUGACAAAGUACGCCGCAGAAAUUUUAUCAAGUUUGUCGAAAGCGUAACACCUUCCAUUCUCCUUACCACCGAUGUCGCUGCAAGAGGACUUGAUAUUCCGGCAGUUGACUUAGUUCUCCAAUUCGACCCUCCAAGCGAUCCAAAAACUUUCAUUCACCGAUGCGGUCGUGCUGGUCGAGCCGGACGCAAAGGAUUAGCCAUAACUUUUCUAGCCCCCGGUCGAGAAGAAGAUUAUAUCGAGUUCCUCCGCGUCCGUCAAACCCCUGUCUCGCCCCUUACCUCCCCUCACCUCGACAUCGCACCAGAAGACGCCGAAGCAGUAAGCAAGAAGAUCCGCAAAGUAGUCAAAACCGACAGAGCACUCUUCGACAAAGCACAACGAGGUUUCGUAUCCUGGCUUCGCGCAUAUAGCAAGCACACUGCAAGCUCCAUCUUUCGCGUCCCGGAUCUUGACUGGACAGAAUUGGGAAAUGCAUGGGGUCUGCUCAAACUACCCAGUAUGCCUGAGCUCAAAAAAUGGGACGGAGAUCGUAGUCUCGGCGUUGAGGUGGAUUUCGCCACGUACGCGUAUAAAGACAAAGCGCGUGAGCAGCAGCGACUCGUUGAACAGAAGGAGUACGAAGCAAACAAGGCAGAAGGCAAGAAGCGUUAUGUUACAGAAAACAAGAAGGAGUCGGCGUGGACACAGCAGAAAGACGCGCGAGCCACGAAGGAAUUGAGGAGGGAGAAGAAGGCUGCGAAACGGGAACACGAUCGUGUGGCCAAGUUGACGGAUGCAGAGCGUAAGGAGGAAGAGAGGUUGAAGGCCAUGGUUGAUGAAGUCAGGCAGAAGGUUAAGGAGCAGGAGGCCAAAGAGGCAGCGGAUGAGUUUGAGGGUUUUAGCGAUUGA